AUGUCACAAGGGAUGGCGAAGCGUACAAAGAAGGUUGGUAUCGUUGGUAAGUAUGGCACUCGCUAUGGUGCUUCAUUGAGAAAGACUGUCAAGAAAAUUGAAGUCAGUCAGCACGCAACUUACAAUUGCAAUUUUUGUGGGAAGGAGGCGUUAAGGCGUAAAGCUGCUGGUAUUUGGGCAUGCAAGCGCUGUGGAAAGCAGAUCGCCGGUGGAGCUUAUGUUUGCAGUACGACAGCUGCAGCCACCACCCGUGCCGCUAUUCGUCGUCUUCGUGAAACUCUUAAGGCAUGA